GUUCUCUGCCUUGGAGACAAAAAAGGUGUAGAAGUAGUGAAAGAUGCCUUAAAGCAGGUGAUUGACGUCCAUAAAUCAUUUGGCAUUAAAUACCUCCACAUAGGAUCGGACGAAGCCUUUGAGUUUGGCGUCUGUCAGCAGUCCGUUGAAUGGAUUUCAAGGCACGCAAUAGGCGGCGACAAACAACUACUGGCUCUCUCUCAUAUGAAGGAUAUUGCGUUAUUUGUAAAGGAACUGACUGAAGGAACGACAGUGUUAGCAUGGCAUGACAUGCUCAAAGCUUUUGACUUUCAUCUUAUUGCUGAUCUUAAACUUGGAGAGCUUAUCGAGCCGGUGAUAUGGGAUUAUUCUGAGAAUAUUGUCACAAUGACAGGUGUCAACCGAUUACGAUUUCUGUUCUUUACAGAUUCGGCUUUCUCCGAUUUAGCCAGCAAUUUUCCCGUAGUAUGGGCAUCAUCGGCAUACAAAGGUGCCAAUUUCCCGUCGGCUAAGUACAUCGACAUUCAACACUACGAAACUAACAAUCUGGCAUGGAUCGAUACGAAAAUUGUUGGUUUUGGCUCAGGAGCCAAAGUUCGCAAAAUUCCACGGCAUUAUUAUAACCGGAUGGCAGAGAUACGAUCAUAUGGCUACAAUAUGCGAAAUAUUACCAAUGGGUACGCCGUCGAUGGUAUUGAAUGUACUGAUUGCGUUGAUGGGAGCGAGAAAGGCUGUUUUACAGGCUUUUCAGUAUACUUGUUAUUCCAAGGAUCUGCUCAGCAGACAAUCUCAUUUAUCAAUUCCGAACUCGACAAGAAUCACCACCUCUUGGGAUGGAUGUCACCGUAUAGCAUACGCCAUAACAUCACUCAGAACUGGUUCGUGUCUGCACUCACUAGUUUGAUUGAUGAAGGCUUUCAGAUGCUUAUAUUCAAGUAUCUCAGAGAGAUACAAUCUUUCAUUGAAGGUCUCCUCGCGCAGAUUUUGCCUAUUGAUCGGGACCUUAGGAAGGAGCUCUCGAAUUUUUUCUUCACCAGCACUGUAGAGGAGUUUAUGUUCGCCACAGUUUCUCCCAUUAUCGAUCGGUUACGAAAUUAUUUGAAUGAAGCUAAACGGUUGUCGCACAUACGGGUAUAUCCGAAGAGGUCACUUGAACUUUAA